AUGUUAGUCCUCACUGCUAUUGUGGUCAUCGUCUUGACCUACGCGCUCCUAAACUAUCACCGGAAGCGGCAGAAGAUUCUUGAAAUGGCUAGCCAUUUCAAUGGGCCUUUUCCGGAAUACUUUCUCGGGUGUUUGAACAUGUUUAAGGGCAAAUCGAUCCCUGAACUGUUCGACGCCUUGUACGAAUGCCAUAAGUCGUACGGUGAAGAUGUCAGUUUGAUCGGUCCCUUCAACGAUUUCGAACUGCAACUCGCUAGCUCCCGCAACAUUGAAAAGGUGCUCUUGACUAAGACGACAAAGAAGUCGUUCCCCUACGACUUCCUCGAGGCCUGGCUUGGCACGGGAUUGCUUCUUUCGUUCGGCGAAAAAUGGUUCCAACGGCGCAAGAUCAUCACCCCGGCAUUCCAUUUCAAAAUACUUGACCAGUUCAUGGACGUGUUCAACAAGGAGGCGGACAUUCUUGUCGACAAACUGGCCCAGCGAGUGAACCGGGGAGAAUUCGAUAUCUACGAUAACAUCACCCUGUACGCACUGGAUAGCAUUUGUGCAACGUCCAUGGGAGUUCACAUCAAUGCACAGGACGAUCCUAACCAUGAGUAUGCGCAGGGUGUCAAGAAGGUGUCGGAGUUUAUGUUCCGACGAGUCUUCAGUUUAUUGCGCCAGUUUCCGUCACUUUUCUUCCUGUACCCUUAUGCGCGCGAGCAGGGACGGGUCAUCAAAAAAUUGCACGACUUCACCAACUCCGUCAUCGAAAAGCGACGCCUACAGUUACAAGCUGAGCAGGCGAUUGGUAAGGUUGAGUUCGAUCGCGACGAAACCGAUUUGUACUCCAAGCGUCGUGAUACGUUCCUCGAUCAGCUGCUCAAGGUGAAGGUCGAUGGAAAACCACUGAGCACGGCCGACAUCCGGGAGGAAGUGGACACGUUUAUGUUUGAGGGUCACGACACUACCACGUCCGGGAUCUCGUUUACUAUUCUCAACCUUGCCAAACAUCCGGAAAUCCAGCAGAAGGUGUUCGAUGAGAUCAAUGGAAUGCUUGGCGCGAAUGCUAAGACGACGUUCCUUACAAGCGCAUUACUGCAAGAGAUGAAGUAUCUCGAUAUGGUCAUCAAAGAGUCUCUACGACUCGUUCCUCCCGUUCCGUUUAUUGGUAGAGCCCUUGUUGAAGACAUGGAAAUGAAUGGAACUAUCAUCCCGGCGGGAACCACGAUCUCCCUCAACAUCUUCGCCCUUCACCGCAACCCCAAAGUCUUCCCCGAGCCGGAAAAGUUCAUCCCGGAACGCUUCUCCGACGACAACGACAUCAAACGAGGCCCGUACGACUACAUACCGUUCAGUGCCGGAUCGCGGAACUGCAUCGGGCAAAAGUACGCCCUGCUGGAAAUGAAGGUAACGCUCGUCAAGCUGCUGGCCAGCUACCGCAUCCUGCCCGGCGAAUCCAUCGAUCAGGUGCGCUACAAGGCGGAUCUCGUGAUUCGCCCGACUUGCGGCAUCCCGGUGAAGCUUGUGAAAAGAAGUUAA